AUGAGCAAUGGUGAGUUUGAGGUGGCGACGGCAGAUGUAAAGGAUGCAUUCCUUAUGGUGCCGCAGCCAGAGGACGAGAAAGUUGCCAUAAUGUGUGGUGGCAAAAGCUACAAGCUCAUGAGGUGUUUGCCGGGCCAGAGAACAGCUGCGAACAGAUGGUAUGUUCUGUUCAGGGACACAGCGAAGGAAUUCGGCUUGGUGGAGGACAUCAUGCAGCCCACGCUGAUGAAGAUGGACAAGUUGUACUUGACCCUGCACGUUGAUGACUUGUUGAUGGUUGGCCGCAGAGCGCUGAUAGAUGGUUUCAUUUCCUUCCUGGAGAGCAAGGGCUGGAAAGUUGGUGAGACCUUCGAGUACUUGAAGCGAAAGAUCACAAGGGUGGAUGAUGGCUACAUCAUCAGGGCCAACGAGAAACACAUUGAAGAGAUUGCGGCAGAGGCAGACAUCUUCAAGAAGAAGAGGAAGACCACCCCUGGCAGUGACUUGAGCAGACAUGAUUGGGGUGAUGCAUUGGAAGGAAAGGAGUUGACGGCCUUCCGAUCAGUUGUUGGCAAGAUGCUCUACAUUGCCAAUGAGAGACCAGACGCCCAGCAUACAAUUCAGGUUUUGGCAUCCAAGAUGUCCAGCCCGGUGACCAAGUCAUGGUAUGACGCAUGUCACCUGGCUAGCAAUUUGUUCAACACCAUGGACUAUGGCAUUAAGAUCUUUGACCCCAAGAAAGGCAAGUCAGUGCUGGACAUGAGGAGCAUUGAGGAUGUGGAGGAGAAGCCGGACCACAUGCUGGAGAUUGUGACUGACGCUGACUACGCUGGCAAUCAAGAGACAAGGAAGUCUACAACAAGCUACCAGAUCUACAUGGACGGGAACCUCAUUGAGGCCAAGGUCCGAGGGCAGCGUUCAAUUGCCCUCAGUUCUGGUGAGAGCGAGUACGUGGCGAUGGUCAGUGGAAGCAGCAAGGGGAUGUUCUUGAGGCACAUCUGGGAGUUCCUUUGUGGUGAUGUCCCGGACACAGUUUGCAGGACAGACAGCUCGGCAGCGAGAGGAAUGGUCGGGCGCAUCGGCCAGGGUGCGUCACAUUGA